AUGUCGACGACUACAGCCGUCCAGCUCGAAGCUUACGGCAACGGCACAACCUACGAACCCACCACCUCCUCAACCCUCCGUCCAACAAGAGCCGGACUUGCUGAAAAUGCCUCUCCGAGCAGUCUAGAAUCUGAUGACCCAGCACUUGAAGCUUCCCGCAUCGCUGAUAGCACCGUCCCUGAUGGCGGCUACGGCUGGGUCGUGAUCGGUGCCUGCGCCGUCGUCGCAUGGUGGGUUAUCGGACUCAGCUACGUCUGGGGCGUGUACCAAAAUGCCCUCGUUGAGCGAAACGUUGGAUCACCGCUGGCAUUGUCCUUCUGCGGUUCGUUGUCGCCGGCUCUGAUGGCGACUGUUGGGGUCAUCGUGUCGAGAAUGCUGCGAACGUUUGGGACACGUAAACUUAGUAGCGUGGGGAUCAUCCUCAUGGCUCUUUCGCUCAUUGGCGCGAGUUUUGUUACGGAUCAUCUCGUUGGACUUAUCUUUCUUCCUGGUAUCCCUCUUGGACUAGGAAUGGCUGGCUGCUUUAUGUCAUUCUCUCUCGCUCCGGCGCAGUACUUCUCGAAGAAGAGGGGUCUGGCCAAUGGUAUCGUCUAUGCUGGUGGCGGUUUCGGAGGUGCGAUUAUGAGUAUUGCGACCAAUUCUCUUAUUGAGAAGCACAGUGUUGAAUGGGCCUUUCGCAUCACGGGCAUCCUCAUCGCUGUUUCGGGACUUCCAGCUGCGCUUCUGAUCAAAGAGAGGGUACCUUUGGCAAAGACGGGAAUUGUUGACUGGAGACUCUUUCGACAGCUCAACUUCGCUAUUCUCUUCUUUGCCGCUGGCAUCGGUAUCUUCCCUCUUCUCGUCCCACCUUACUUCCUCCCCCUCUACUCUCGAUCUAUGGGUCUCAGUACAAACACUGGCGCUGGACUUGUUGCAGGCUUCAGUUUUGCCUCUGCUGUAGGCCGAAUCAUGAGUGGAUAUCUCUGUGAUAAGUUUGGGCCGCUGAAUACCCUUUCGGCCUUCUUUCUUGGAAAUGCACUCACCAUGAUUGCCCUCUGGCCUGCUUCAACCACACUCGCACCGUUGGCUGUUUUCGCAGUGCUCAAUGGUUUGAUGAACGGUGGAUUCUUUUCUUCCAUGCCAACUGUUGUCGGCAACGUCUUUGGAUCUGCCAGAGUAUCAACAGCCAUGGGCAUGGUGAUUGUUGGCUGGGUUGCUGGCUACCUCUUUGGAUCUCCUAUUGCUGGCUUCCUUCUUCAAGCACAUGGAGGUGCAGAUGAGGGACUGGGCGCAUAUCGACCGGCCAUGUUCUACGCUGGCUCCAUGUCAGCUAUCGCUACUGUUCUGACUGUUAUCCUACGGUUAAGGAUCAACAAGAAAUUAAUGGCCAAGGUCUAG